UGACUAUUUAACGUUACGACAACAAAGAUCGAUUUUUAUUUCCAUGCUGUUGUUGUAUAAUCGUUUACCUGGAAUCCGAACACAGAAGGUUUCAUUAUCGUUUGUUGUUAGAGAUUGCAUACAAUCGUUAUUGAAAUCGUUAUUAGAAUACCAAAUACUAUAGUUUUCACAGAAUUUCAUUCUGCACUACAGAAAAGGUAAAUAUGAUCUUUAGCGUCCUCUGAUAACUAGAGUUACUUUCGUUUUCUUGCUUGUCUCCCUUUUUUUAAAAGUAAAAUAAUAAAGUAGUUUACUUAACAGGCUUCUACGCUAGGAAGAACUCGCCUGUCUCUGUUUAGGCUGUUUAAGUGGGUGUUAUGCACCCAGCAUAACGACACACUAUGUUGAGGUUUGUCAUCUAAUUUCAUAUAGCUCUUGAAGCAGGUGAAAACUUUGAGACUAGAAAAGGAUUUCUAUUCUUUCUAUUUACUAGAGUAAAAGUUUCCAGUAGGACUAGAACUACAGCGCUUGCCGUCAUGACUUAUUGAUUACAUGUAGUGUCUAUUGUCAUAAGCAUAUGGAGUUGGUUUGUUUGCUAGCUGUGUUUCGGUUUCUUUUGUGCACCAUAAUAGUUUGUGCGCUGUUUCUAAGGACGUGCUAUGUUGGUGUCAUUGCUUCUAUUUGUUUUGCUUGGGUAGCAGAUUUUUGGCUGGAGCUCUCUGUUUUGUUAUGUUUCCCCCAGUAUUGGAUAAUUUUGGUUAUUUUAAUUCUUUUCUUUAUUUCAUAGACCUAAAGUCGUUGGUAUUGUAAUCGUGUGAAUGGCUAUCACAUGGAAUGCAUAUUUUUUCUUGUUUAGAGACGCAGACUUGGGACUCUACUGGAGUCAAGCCUGAUCUGUAGAAUGUGUAGUUGCAUGGACCUUACUAGGCUUUUAUCUAUGGCAUUGGGGUGUGGGCAUCGCGAGCCCAGGUUGGACUGUUUGCACUGAGACUAAGGUGUGCUUGCCUGGCUGAAAAAUAUCGGUGUUAACAAGAUAGAACUAAUGGAUACUCGGCAUUUAUUCAACAUAAAUCAAGGAGAUUUUUUUGAAUUUCUGUUGAACGGUACAGCGCACUGGGGAAUCAGCAUUGAUAACAAUAUAUGUGUCUACGCAGGAAUUGACGAAGUCACGGAUAGUGACUCUUUUUUUAGACAGUUUCCUAGUUAUACUGUGAAGGUAACAAAGAUGCAACAGUUAGUUUUGACUGGCAACUUGCAAAGAAACAGCUCUGAACUAGGCCUAUGGUCCAAUGGAACUGCCGUUGCUGUGAAAGCACUCAAGCACAUUGGAUCCAAAAACUGGAGAAGCAGUAGAGAAUUCGUAGAUUAUUGCAAAGGAAAUAUAUGGCUUUAUGUGAUCGUUUGUCUGUUUCUUGUCAUGUUAUCAAUAUUUACUCCAACGGAAAAUGCUAGUCCUAUAUUUCUUAAUCAUCCUGGAUUCAGAUGUGCUUUUGCUAUAUGUGCCAUAUUCGUAAUUUACAUACUUGUCACUAACAAGAGAAAUGAAUUCUUAAGGGUUAAAGAGAAUCCCUUCACUGGAGUCAAGCGAGAUUUCAUGAACAAAUAUUUGAUGGAAGAUUUGAACAGAUUCAACUGGUUACAUAAGGGAGUAGCUGAAAUAAAGCUUACACCAGAAAUGUUGAUUUUGACUGGGAAAAUACAAUAUUUUCUAGUUUGUGACAAUUUCGUACAACAUCUAACGACCACAAUCAAUGUACACAAGACGCAGAUAGAGAUGUUUGGGAUUCAAGAGUACCUGCAAGGUGACAGAGGCAAAGACUUGGUCAGAAAGCUAGAAUUUGAAAAUAGAUGCCUGGUAGACAUCUUCUGGGAUGUUAAACCUGAGACCAAAAAUGAAACAAGAGAUUUCCCAGAUAAAAGUGAUAUUUAUUGUGGAUGGAAUUUCGGAAAUAUAUAUGUGAGAGUAAUCCAAGGAGAAAUUGAUAAACAGAAGACUGAUGUUAUUGUUAGUACAGUGGAUAAAUCUCUUAACCUAAGUCUUGGAACUAUGGCCUCGUCGGUUCUGAGAGCUGCUGGUGAUAUUAUACAGAUAGAACUGCGAAAAAGAUAUAAAACUGGCAUUGCGGUUGGUGAUUAUGCUCAGUCUAGUGGUGGCAUGUUACCAUGCAAUUACAUUCUUCAUGUUUGUCUGCCAUUUUACAGACCAGAUAACACCAGACAGAUUCAAAAUAUAAUCAGUAAGCUCUUAAAUGGAGCUGAAAGCCUCAAAGCCAAGUCAAUCUCUUUCCCUGCUCUGGGUACAGGAAUUUUGCGAUACCCACCAGAUAUCUCGGCUGAAGUCAUCAUGGAAGCCAUUAGGCAACAUGCUACAAAGAAUACGCAUACUUUACAGUUUGUUAAUAUUGUUGUCUUUCCAAAAGAUAAAAAGUGUUUUGAUGCAGUUUUUGCUAGAGGAGGCACACUAUUCAACGAUAAUUCUGGUAAUCUAAAUGAUGGGAUCUCUAAAGUUGAAGGCGAUGUUUAUCAAUGUGGAAAAGUAUUUCUAAAGAUAAAACAAGGGGACAUAACAAAACAAAAUACUGAUGUCAUAGUGAAUGGUUUGAAGGAUUCAGUGGAUCUUGCUACAUCAGGUCAAGUUGGUGCUGAUUUGCUUGAAAAAUCUGGCCAGUCACUCCAAAGAGAAUGCAAUUUAAAAAAGAAUGAAAUGCUAUUAAAAGGGGUUAUGGUGACCUCAGCACCAAAGUUGUUCUGUAAACAUAUCGUUCACAUCAGUCUGAACAAGUUUGAUCAUUCCAUGGACAGAGGCAUCUUGAUGGCUUUUACAGAAGCCGAAAAACUAGGAGCUAAAUCUGUCUCUUUACCAGCUCUACAGUCAGUCGACAAAAAGACGAAAGCAAAAACAAUGAAAAAGUGGAUAUUUCAAUCACUAAAGCAGUUUAGUAAACUAGAACCACAGAACGUUGUAAACAUAAAGUUAGUUACCAAUGAACCAGCAAUUCUUGAUGAGUUUUUUAAAGAUAGCCAUAACUUAAAAAACAGUACACCUGCUAGAAGAAUUUCAAUGAAUGUCAAAAUACAGAUUUACUCAGCUGAUGCUCAUAGAAACGCAGAGAUUUCCAGAAAGCUUCAAGAACAAUGUGCUUUAGCUUAUAAUGAUAUACAGAAGGAAGAAUCUAAUCUGCAUCAGCUUACUGUCAAGCAGAUUGAAAAAUUAAAGAAUCUAGGGAUUGAACAUAACAUCAAAGUUGACAUUAGUUGUCAGGAUGGUUUGGUUCGAAUGAAAGGUUUUGAUUUAGAGAGAAUUUCACAAAUUUAUGGCAAACUGAAGAAAAUGACUAAAACUGCUGAAGAAACACGUGAACUUUCAAAUGUUUAUGUCAAACUAAAAGAAAUGACUGGAGCUGAAGAAACAUCUGACAUUUCGCAAGUUAAUUGCAAGCUGAAUGAGAUAGCUGAAGUUGAAGACACUUCUUGUAAUAAGCAUGAAAUGUUAGACUCCUUCAACAUACCUUUGAAUGAAACUUCAGUCAACGAUUCAGCUGAGACUUCACUUCCAAGAUCACCUUCUGUCCAGUGGGUAUAUGGUCAAGGAAAAAACUGGAACAAUUAUGAUACAUUGCUAAACAGUGAGAUAGAAAAAGAAUACCACAAUAAAGCCAGUCACUUCACAAGACAAGAUGCCAAUGGCAACAAAUACUUCAUCGAUUUCACGAGUAUGACUGAAAUUCACUUAGAUAUCAAUGAUAAAAAAGACUCCACAUUGAAAAUUAAACGUCUCAGCGAAGCUAAAGAUUUAACUAGAACCAAUUCUUGGCCUAAAUAUUGGGAUUUGAUGGCACAUAAUAAGAAUUUAGAAGUAUGUGAUUUAAACUCAAAAAGUCUGGAAUAUAAAGAAGUAAAAGAUCAUUUCAAACUAUCAUUAAAUGGAAGGUCUGUGAAGAUUGAAAAGAUUCAACGCAUUCAAAACAAAUCCCUCUUCUUGCAAUUCUGUGCCAAAAAAGAUGAAUUGGAACUGCACAAUCCUGAGAACCAUCAAAAUGAAAGGAAAUUAUUUCAUGGAACCUCAGCCUCCUCUAUAAAUCAAAUUAAUGAAAUUGGAUUCAAUCGAAGCUUCUGUGGAAAGAACGGUACUGCUUACGGUAAAGGUGUUUAUUUCGCUACCGAGUCCAGCUAUUCUACAAAUUAUGCUGAACCAGACCAUCGUGGCAAGCGUUACAUGUACAGAGCUAGAGUUUUGACUGGACAGUUCAUCGCGACCUCCCCAGAAACUAAGUGUCCUCCCAAAAAGCCAGGAACCAACAGACCCUAUGAUUCUGGAGGAAAUAAAAAUCAAGGAAUCUUUGUCAUUUUUCAUGACGCCCAAAUGUAUCCAGAAUAUUUGAUUACAUAUCUACUGUAAUAGUUCUAAAUGGAGAAUGUUAUUCUUAUGACAUCAUAUGUAACAGUUCUAUCAACAGAAUGUUAUUUUUUAAUAAUUGUAAUAUCUGUAAACGCUUCAAAUAGCCUAUAGAAUUAUAGAAUGUUAUUUUUAGUAAUUGUAAUAUCUGUAAACGCUUCACAUAGCCUAUAGAAUUAUAGAAUGUUAUUUUUAGUAAUUGUAAUAUCUGUAAACGCUUCAAAUAGCCUAUAGAAUUAUAGAAUGUUAUUUUUUAAUAAUUGUAAUAUCUGUAAACGCUUCACAUAGCCUAUAGAAUUAUAGAAUGUUAUUUUUAGUAAUUGUAAUAUCUGUAAACGCUUCAAAUAGCCUAUAGAAUUAUAGAAUGUUAUUUUUUAAUAAUUGUAAUAUCUGUAAACGCUUCAAAUAGCCUAUAGAAUUAUAGAAUGUUAUUUUUAGUAAUAGCAUUAUCUUGAACACUUCUAAAUGUAUAUUAUUAAUAUUAUAUUAUACUUAUUAAUUGCAUAGUAUAUAAAAAUUCUUAAUGUAGAAUGAUAUCCUUAUUAAUGGCAUCAUUGUAACAGUUUUUCAUAUAGAUUGUUUUUCGGUCAACAAUAUUUUUAGUGCAUCUUUUUGCAUCCAAAUCUUAAUUGCUCAUAAAUGUAUAUGCUACCUCGAUGUUACUGACAAGAUUCAAUUAUAUAGGUCUUUUCUCAUUAUUUUUUCGUUGAAUAAAUUAGCAUGUUAGAUUCCUGACACUUAUCUGCUGUGCCUAAGUCCUAAUUAGAAACACUGGCCAUUAAACGAGGUCUUUUUGUGUAUACUCCCCGCCCUUACCUUUCAACCUCCCAUUUCACUUCGUGCCCCAGGGUACAUUUAUAGGGAGGAGGGGGGAUCAUGGAAGACUUAACAAUAAAAAACUAAAAAGAGACAAUUCCUUAUUCAUAAACAUCUGAGCUACUAUAUCAUUUUUCUUUAACUUGACAAUGACGUUGUCAAACCAACUUUGUAUUAUUUCUAGGGUUGUAGCAGGGUCACUUAAUCUUCUAAAUGUAAGACAUUAACAUUAUUCAUUUAAGGAUUACUUUAAUUGGGCACUCAGCAUUAUCGAUAUUCGUCUAUGUAUAAAUACACUUGUGUGCACCAGGUGUGUGCAUAUAAUUAUUGUAAUGAAUAACUCGAGACAUUUAUGCCUUAGACGACGACCAUCUGGCCUUCAAUGUACGGCAUAUUAUUGUCACCUAAACCAGCCACACCAACACUUCAACAGCAUUUCUAUGUGUUCUAUAUAUGUUCUUUAUAUAUAUAUAUAUAUAUAUAUACUUUCCCUACCUAAGGUCGGGUACCCAUUAGAGUUGGGGGGGGGGACUUAGGGGUGCCCUAAAAAUCACGAAAUUCACCAAGUCUACACCAAGAUUCGAACCCUGGACUCCAGGUUCGAAAGCCAAGCGCUCAACCACUAAGCGACGGCCCCACCCCAUAUAUAUAUAUAUAUAUAUAGAUAUAGUACUUUUUAUACGAUGCAUAUGAUAUUAUAUUCUAAAAGAUUGCUUGAAAAUGGUAUUAAACAUUUUUGUUGGUGAACGGA